UGCAAAGCCUUUCGGGUGAAAUGUUCCUAAGCAAGCGAAAUACACAAGUGUCAAUUGGACUCGCAGUUAUGGCUCUGGCCCUAGCUACGACUGUUCUAAAAUAUCGCUAUCGCUUUUUUGAUUGUUUGGCUUUUGUGAGAGCAACUCAGUUGACGGCCACAGUAGCUCUGAUCUUUGGUGUUGUGCGGGCAAAUCCACAGCAUAAGGCAAAAUUUUUGCUGUUCUGGUUAAGUUUGACAGCAGUGUUCCUCACUGCCUUAUUCUAUAUGGCUGUUGACCUGUUAAGCGAAUUCGACUUCCGAUAUUCUAUAUGGUAUUUAACUGCCUUAUUUCUGCCUUUGCCAGCUGCAGCUGGUGUUGCGUACUUGAUGAAUAUCAUAUAUAAAGACUAUACCGAAUUAACCAUACAAACGGUUACCGAAAGCAAGCAACCGCCUUCUUAUGAUUCCAGCUUACAAACCUUGUUGGUCUCAUUGGGAUCGUAGUCGAGUAUUCUAUUAGAGCUUGAAUAUUAUUGGAGUGUACACUUUCUUUAAACAAUAAUAUAUUUAUAAAGCAAAGCAAAUCGAGUUUUUUUUGCAAGCUCAUUAAAGACAGUAUUUUUAAAUACAUCGACUGUAAAAAUGUUAAUCUUUGACCUUAUUUCGCAUAUUCUUUAUGGAACUCUCUCCAGCUUUAAUCAAAUUUUCAAUACUAAAAUAGCUUCGAGAAAUCUCUGAGCUUGUUUAACUGUAAAUUACAUUAUAAAACGUGUUUUUUUUUUGAGUAUUUGUUUAUACUAGAGACGAAAACUUUGUCUUUUAGUUUCCUUCAACCAAUAAAGUUAACAUACAACGAAUGUCUUAAA